AUGACUGUAGCAUCUGAAAAAAUGUCUUCUCUAACAAUUGUUUCGGUCUCUGAAACUAUUUAUAACAAUCUGAUCACUUCUAUGGUGCAAGACAUCGUUUCUAGAAUCACAAGCCAAAAACAAUUAUUGGAUUCAAGAUACCCAGAUAUGUCUCCCCUGUUUUACGACCCUCAAGGCAAACUCGAUAUCCAUGGCCAACCCAAAAUACAAGAAUCCUCUAUUUACUUUAGAUGUAAUAACUGUGAUAGAGACAUUUCAGCAAACAGAUAUGCGGCACAUCUAGAACGCUGCAUGAGCAGAGGUAACAGAAAAACAUGA